GUAACAUUCUGACAAAGGCAUUCUGUUUACAGUUGUAGAUGCCGAAGUAGGCAAUUUUGGCAACAACAUUUCGUUGGAGCACCGCUUGAGGGAGCUCCGCCCGGACUGCUACUAAUAUAUUCCGCCAUGGCGGAGGCUCUUGUUGACCAAGAAGGCCCCCUGCGCGACUACUUUCAAGCAGUUGGCGACUCCCUAGGGAGAACAAUACCAGGAGGGCUUGACGUCGUCCCGGAACCUAAUGAGACUGAGGCCCUCGACCAGACGACACUAUUGCACCUUGUAGUCAUAUUCCUAAUGGCCGGACGUUCUUUGAUAAUGUCUUCCAGCGCCUCUAACAAGGAAUUCGCAGAACGCUUCAAAUAUAUAAUUAUCUCAUCAUCCAUCCUGUCCGAUACAGUUGCGUCUGCGGAACAUCCAACGGAAGGAGAUUUAGAUGUCAAACCCAAAGAAAGUGAACUAAAGGAGACCCGUCAGCAUGAGAAUGAACCACCAAACUCCAGCUCGUGGGCUGCGCCGGCUUUACUUGCGGCUGCAUUUGCUCUCCAAAGUCCCAUUGCCGUUCUCGCAGCUGCUUCGUGGAUAUUGCAAACAUUUUACCAACCUAGCGUCGAUAUGGGCCAUGAGGUUCCAUCUGUUUUCGACAAGGUUUUAAGCGCCGUCACUGCGCUGGUCAAUACAAGUGAGAAAUUCGAUGCGAUUGCUGCUCAAGCAUUACGGUCGAUAGAAGAGGAUGAGCUCAGGUUGGUUCACCAUCCGGCCGUAGACAAACUUCGAGAAUCCUUGCUUGCAACUUGUGACACAACGAAAUCCCAAAUUGACAACAUACGGCGUCUUUUCGGGCCUCUGACAUCUGAACUCGAACUGAAGAUGCUUUCGGAGAUGUACUCGCCCAUUCCCAGCACCCCGAUUCCGUAUCAUCGUCGGCAUGCGUCUUCUGUGCACCAGGGUCGGAUUGAAUCUUCCUCCAAACGUGCAUCAUGGGGCGGAUCGAAACGUACCCUCCAAACUCCGUUACGGAGGCAAUUUGCUUCUGAAGGGGAUGCAUCCUUUGAUUCGGAAGAGUCUCCACUCAGCGCCUCUUCUGUAACAAGGGAUGCAGAGGAAAACUAUGAUGGUGAAUCAUUCGGGACGUCUGCUCUGAGCAUUCAACGGCAGCGAAAGGGAAAUCCUGCGAUGGGGAGGGUAUUGCAACCUUCCAUCACCCCUCGCAGUGUCGGUAUUCCAGCUCUGCCGUUCGAUGGCAUGUCGCCAUCGCAUCGCAUCUCGCCCUUCACCGCCCCUUCUUCCUCGAUGCGCCGAUCAGGUUCGAGCAGAGAUCAGUCUGAACGAAGGCAUGGCUCGGUGGACUCCUUAAGAAUCAAUGUUCAAAGCUGUCUUGCUAGUCGAAGAUAUGCAGCCUCGCACUUGCUAGCCUUGCGGUUCAACGAACUUCCGGAUGAUACCUACUGGGAGGACACUGUUGAGGUCAUCACUCUACUCACUAGCGCUUUGGGGGAGGCUUCAAGCCUCAUAUCCUCGUCAAUAGAGGAGACAAACAUAAUGAUCCUUGCGGACCAGGUUCCCACUCCGGCUAUUAGACCGACAAUUCCUGGCGGCAUAAGACGAAUCAGUGACAUCUUUCCCUUGCCGUCGAAUCAGCUCGAGUCAUUUGCACCCAUGCCCGACAAUCUCGCUAUGUUUGCUGCCCAUAUGGAUGCCAUGUCGGCUGCCAUCGACAAGGCCAAAAACCACCUGCGUGCAUGCGUAGGCACCCUUCAAAGUCCCCCUACGUCUCCUGAUGGCGUUGAACUCGGUCAGGGUGAAAUUGAGCGGCUCCGGCGGAAGGUUGUUACGGAGUACUCGGAGAUUCGUCGGCACCUAGGCCAUGCAAUUAAGGAAUGUGAACGGGGACGCACUCCGUUGGUGUCGGCAUUAAGUGCAGGCGAUGAUGAGGACGACUUGACGUCAGACCUUUCGCGGCUUCCCGAUCCUCUUCCACCUUCCCAAGAAGACUCACCUUACAAUCCUCGUAGUUCGCACGAAGAAGGGGGAACACAUUCAUCUCCUCGAUCCUCGAUCUCCAGCGCUCGUAUCGUAGACGUCUUCGAUGAAGAUAAGUCGCAUUUCUACAUGCCGGGUGAUCCUUUCCACCUUCCGCCAAACCAGCCUGAGCAAGUGUAUGAAGGUGAGAGCGAGGUACCUUUGUUUGCCCGUGAACGAAGCAAGCUUUCGAGGGAGGAACGAGUCGCAUUGGCAAAAAAGUAUCGUGCUUCGGGGCGGAGAGGUGUUCCGCUUUCCCUCGUUACGAAGGAUGAUUCUGAGUUCGAUUCUGGCGGAGAGAAAAGUUGGGGGCCUGGGGGUGACGUUGUACGAGAAUUGAAAGAUGUCAUUUACUUGCCUGAGGUCUCUGAUCUUGGCCGUUUGGAUUCACCUACAAGUCGAUCCCCAAUACCUUCACGCGCACCACCUUCACUACUCCCUGCUCUCUUGUCGCCCACACCAACCGGUGCCACCUCGCCAUUAUCCACUUCCAGUGACGGAUCCAGGUCACCUUCACCUAUUCCUUCGCCUGUUUCUCAGGUACCGUCAGGUAUAUCUUUUAAACCUCUUCCGCCGAUUCCCAAAAGGCCCUCAAGGCCAACACGCCCUGUACCCUCUUUGCCGCAGAUAUCCAGUGUUGUUCCACUGGAGGCUGAAAUUCACAGUCCUCGGAGCUCAUGAUAUAGUCUUAAUGAUGGCAGAAUAUUUACCUUUACGUCACUUAACGACUCUCUUCUUCGUGCAUUCAUUACUUUUAAGGAUUCUUUGUUCACCCCUCGUCGUCUUGCAAGUCUGUCUAAUCUUCAUUAUCUACAAAUAACGAGUAUCCUAGGUUUAUGGAUAAUGUACAAAUGACCCCAAAAAAGUAUUGUCCGUUUGUGAAU